CACGUGGACCUGGAGGCUGGAGCUGUGGCGGCGGAGACAGACGCGAUGAAGCCCAGACCCGCAGGGUUCGUGGACAAUAAGCUCAAGCAGCGAGUCGUCCGGGUGCUUUCGAGUCAGUUCCAACUCAUAGCGACCCUGUGCACAACAGAACGAAACACUGCCCGGUCCUGAGCCAUUCUUACAAUCGUUGUUCUGCUUGAGCUCACUGUUGCAGCCACUGUGUCAAUCCAUCUCGUUGAGGGUCUUCCUCUUUUCCGCUGACCCUGUACUCUGCCAAGCGUGAUGUCCUUCUCCAGGGGCUGAUCCUCCUGACAGCAUGUCCAAAGUAUAUAGACACAGUCUCGCCAUCCUUGCUUCUAAGGAAUAUUCUGGUUGUACUUCUUCUAGAACAGAUUUGUUCGUUCUUUUGGCAGUCCAUGGUAUAUUCAAUAUUCUUCACCAACACCGUAAUUCAAAGGCAUCAAUUCUUCAGUCUUCCUUAUUCAUUGUCCAGCUUUCACGUGCAUAUGAUGCAGUUGAAAAUACUACGGCUUGGGUCAGGUGCACCUUAGUCUUCAAGGUGACGUCUUUGCUUUUCAACGCUUUAAAAAGGUCCUGUGCAGCAGAUUUACCCAAUGCAAUGCUGCUUCCAUGGCUGUUGAUUGUGGAUCCAAGUAAAAUGAAAUCCUUGACAACUUCAGUCUUUUUCCCCGUUUAUCAUGAUGUUGCUCAUUGGUUCAGUUGUGAGGGUUUUUGUUUUCUUUAUGUUGAGGUGUAAUCCAUACUGAAGGCUGUGGUCUUUGAUCUUCAUUAGUAAGUGCUUCAAGUCCUCUUCACUUUCAGCAAGCAAGGUUGUGUCGUCUGCAUAACGCAAGUUGUUAAUGAGUCUUCCUUUAAUCCUGAUGCCCCAUUCUUCUUCAUAUAGUCCAGCUUCUCGAAUUAUUUGCUCAGCAUACAGAUUGAAUAGGUAUGGUGAAAGAAUACAACCCUGAUGGCACACCCUUCCUGAUUUUAAACCAAUCAGUAUCCCCUUGUUCUGUCCGAACAACUGCCUCUUGAUCUAUGUAAAGUUUCCUCAUGAGCACAAUUAAGUGUUCUGGAAUUCCCAUUCUUCACAAUGUUAUCCAUAAUUUUUUGCGAUCAACACAGUUGAAUGCCUUUGCAUAGUCAAUAAAACACAGGUAAACAUCUUUUAGGUAUUCUCUGCUUUCAGCCAGGAUCCAUCUGACAUCAGCAAUGAUUUCCCUGGUUCCACGUCCUCUUCUGAAGCCGGCCUGAAUUUCUGAGUUUCUGAAUUUCUUAUCUUGCCAACCUCUAAAUGUUAGGAGUGCCCUGAGCCUCUGUCAUGUUUGUGCUCUUUAUCCUCAAACUCCUGUCAUCUGUCCACACUCCCUAGGUGAUCUCAUCUAGUCUAAUGGCUUUAAAUACUGCGUAUAUGUUCAUGGGAGCCCUGGUGGUACAGUGGUUAAGAGCUAGGCUGCUAACCAAAAGGUGGGCAGUUUGAAUCCACCAGCUGCUCCUUGGAAACCCUAUUGGGUAGAUAUUCUGUGUCCUGUAGGGUCGCCAUGAGUUGGAAUCAACUGGAUGGCAAUGGGUUUGAUUUUUUGGUUUUAUAUGUUCAUGACUGCUAUAUUUAUAUCUGGUUCAGAUUUUUCUCCUGCACUCCAGAUUCAUAUAUCCAGCUGUAUACUCAGCAUCUUUUCUUGAAUGUCUGAUAGGUAACAUGUCCAAACUGAAUUUUUAUUUUCUCUUCCAGCCUGUCCUUUUCCUGGUGUCCUGUAUCUCGAUCAGUGACACCCCCAUCCAUUCCUUUGUUAAGGCCAAAAAUUUUAAGAAUCUUUCUGACUCACGUGUUUCACUUUUGGUAUCCAGUCCGUUGACAAUCUAAUUGGCUUUACCUUCAAAAUAUUUUCCAAAUCCAGCCACUUCUUACCAUCUAUCCUGCCACUCGACCUGGUUCAAACCACAAUGUAUUAGAUUAUUGCGGUAGAUGCCUAUCUGAUCUCUGAUUCUACUGUUAUAUAAGGACUAUACCCAACAGGGGAGCCCUGGUGGUGCGGUGGUUAAGAGCUCAGCUGCUAACCAAAAGGUCAGCAGUUCAAAUCCACCAGGUGCUCCUUGAAAACUCUGUGGUGCAAUUCUACACUAUAGGGUCACUGUGAGUCAGGAUUGACUCGUUGGCAACUGGUACGGGCUUAUACCUAACCGAGCAGACAGAUUUUUAAAGGGAAAAUUAAUGCUUGUCCAGGCCGUGCUCAGAACCUCUGGUGGACUCUAAGGCAUUUACAGUAAAACCCAGCCCAAAGAGCCCUGCAUGUUCAGGCCCCUCUCUACCUUUUUGUCCUUGUUACCUUUUGCUGUCUUCCUUGGUUACUCUGUUCCAGUCACACUGACCUUCUAAAACACACCAAGCACAGGACCUUUUGCUCUUGCUGUUCACUAACUCUGAAUUGCUCUUCCUCUGCAUAUUUGCACCACUUAGGAGAAUUCGCAGUGGUUAAGGGCCGGGCUGCUCAGCUGCUAACUGAAAGGUCAGUGGUUCGAACCCACCAGCCGUUCUGUGGGAGAAACAUGUGUCAUUCUGCUUCUGUAAAGAUUUCAGCCUUGGAAACCCUAUGGGACAGUUCUGACUGUCCUGCACAGUUGCUGUGAGUCGGAAGCAACUGGAUGGUAGUGAGUUUGGUGUCUGUUUGAUUUUUGCUCCUGUAGGUUUCUGAGUGAUGACUCUUCUUUGCCAAAUCCAUAGGCCUCUUCUCAGUCCUUCCCACACUUAAGUGCUCCUCAGUAUUUGACAUUGUCAGUUUUCCUCUAUUGCUUUUACUUUUGUUCAUUAUAAAAUUAACAGGUUCUCAUGGUUUAAAAUAAAAAUGACAGAAGAGUAUAAAAUGAACAGAAAAAAAUCCCUCUUAGCUCCACUUCCUGUUUACCUUCUCCAGAGGUAAUCAUGGAGAAUUUCUGUUGUAUCUUUCUUAAGAUUUUAUAUACAUAUAUGUGCUUACAUAUGUAUUUAUUUUUAAAGAAAUCACAAAUGAGCUUAUCUGCAUCUAUUCUGCUUGCUUUUUCACUUAGUGAUAUAUUUUCGAUACCUUCUCGCAAGUAGUUUUCUUUCUGUUGCCAUCAAGGAACUUUUGGGCUUGCAGUGGCUAGGUUGUUGUUGUUCGGUGCUGACAAGUUGGUUCCGACUCAUAGCAACCCCGUGCAUAACAGGACGAAAUGUUGCUUAGGCCUGUGCCAUUCUCACAAGAGUGGGUAUGUUUGAGGCCAUUGUUGGAGCCACUGUGUCAGUCCAUCUCAUUGAGGAUCUUCUCUUUUUUGCUGACACUCUCCUUUACCAAAGAUGAUGUCCUUCUUCAGGGACUGGUCCCUCCUGAUAACAUGUCCAAGGUACUUGAGAUGAAAUCUCGCCAUCCUUGCUCCUAAAGAGCAUUCUGGCUAUAUUUCUUCCAAGACAGAUUUGUUUGUUUUUCUGGCAGUUCAUGGUAUGUUCAGUAUUCUUCACCAGCACUGUAAUUUAGAGGCAUCAAUUCUUCCUCGGUCUUCCUUAUUUAUUGUCCAGCUUUCACAUGCAUAUGAGGUGAUUGAAAAUACCGUGGCUUGGGUGAGGUGAACCUAAGUCCUCGAAGUGACAUCUUUGCUUUUUAACACUUUAAAGAGAUAUUUUGUAGCAUAUUUGCCCAAUGCAAUAUGUCAUUUGAUUUCUUGACUGCUGCUUUCAUGGGCAUUGAUUGUGGAUCCAAGUAAAAUGAAUCCUUGACAACUUCAAUCUUUUCUCCGUUUAUCGUGAUGUUGCUUGUUGGUCCACUUGUGAGGAUUUUUGUUUUCAUUAUGUUGAGGUGCAAUCCAUACUGAAGGCUGUGGUCUUUGAUCUUCAUUAGUAAUAAUGUGCUUCAAGUCCUCUUCACUUUCAGCAAGCAAGGUUGUGUCAUCUGCAUAAUGCAGGUUGUUAAUGAGUCUUCCUCCAAUCCUGAUGCCCCGUUCUUCUUCACAUAGUCCAGCUUCUCAGAUUAUUUGCUCAGCAUACACCUUGAAUAAGUGUGGUGAAAGGAUACAACCUGUCUUGUGCCUUUUCUGAUUUUAAACCACGCAGCAUCCCCUUGUUCUGUUCGAAUGACUGCCUCUUGGUCUGUGUACAGGUUCCUCACGAGCACAAUGAAAUGUUCUGAAAUUCCUAUUUUUCGCAGUGUUAUCCAUAAUUUUUUAUGAUCCACAUAGUCAAAUGCCUUUGCGUAGUCAGUAAAACACAGGUAAACAUACUACUGGGUAUGAGAUUGUUAUGGAUUAAGUUGUUCCCUAAAAAUGUGUGUCAAGUUGACUAGGCCACAAUUUCCUUUAUAGUGUAGUUGUCCACUAUUUUGUGAUCUGAUGUAAUUAUCCUUCCUGUGUGUUGUAAAUUCUAACCUCUGUAUGUUAAUGGAAACCUUGAUGGUGUAGUGGUUAAGAGUUCAGCUGCUAACCAAAAAGUUGGCAGUUUGAGUCCUUGGAAACUCUGUGAGGCAGUUCUAUUCUGUUCUAUAGGGUUGUUAUGAGUCAGAAUCUACUCCAAGGCAGUGGGUUUUGUUUUGUUUUUAAUAUAGUAAUGAGGCAGGAUUAGAGGCAGGUAUGUUAAUGAGACAACUCAACCUACAGGAUCAGAUUGGGUCUUGAGUCAGUCUUUUUUGAGAAAUGAAAGAGAAUCAAGCAGAGAGGAGAGGGACCUUAUUACCACCAAGCAAGAAGAGCCAGGAACGGAGUGUGUCCUUUGGAUCUGGGGUCCCUGUGCUGAGAAGCACCGAUACUAGGGGAAGAUUGAUGACCAGACCUUCCCCAGGGCUAACAGAGAGACAGCUUUCCCUUGGAGCUGGCACCCUGAAUUUGACUUCUAGCCUCCUAAGCUGUGAGCGGAUAAAGUUCUCUUUGUUAAAGCCAUCCACUUGUGGUAUUUCUGUUACAGCAGCACUAGAUGACUAAGACGGAGAUACACUCAAAAAAGUUAUCUUACCAGUAACAGAUGUGGCAAAUACGUGGACACUGGACUCUUAGCAUCUGAUUUGCAAAGAAUGUACAGCGUAGACUAUGGUCGAAGAAAAAAAAAUGCUUUCAGGAUUCAGGUAGAAAAAGUAUUUCACAUAAUUAGCACUGAGAAAGGACUUAAGGAUCUAACAGAAUCAGAAGGUGAAAAUCUAGCAAAAAGAUCAAGACAAGGUGAAGAGGAUGAGUUUACUGAAAGCAGUUCUGAUGAUGAUUCAGACAUGGGUGACUACUCAGACGUACAGUCAGCCAAUCACAUGAACAGUUCCCUGCUUUCUUUGUAUCGGAAAGGAAAUCCUGAUCCUGUUCCCAACACUCCUGAGAUGGAGCAAAGAGAAACCAGCAUGUCAGCACCACGGCUGACUUCCAGAACGGGCUCCACGCCUUUGAAGACCUCUGCCACAGUUCCUGAAGGAGGAUGGUUUAUUGACAAAACCCCAUGUGGAUCCAAAGACAGUUUUUCCUUGGGCCUAUCAGAUGAGAAAAGUCAUCAUAAGAAGGCAGCAUCUGAGAUACAGGAUUCCAAAGAUUCUUCUCUUCUGGAGAGUGAUAAAAAACGGAAAGGCAGGCUAAAGAACAAAGGAGGCAAAAGGAAGAAGGAAGAUCUUCAGGAAGCAGAUGGAGAAGUAGAAACUGUCUUGCAAAAGAAAGCUAAAGCCAGGGGGCUAGAAUUGCAGAUCUCCAAUGUGAAGUUCGAAGAUGUUGGGGGCAAUGAUGGGACGCUAAAGGAAGUCUGCAAGGUGCUCGUACACAUGCGUCACCCGGAGGUGUACCAGCAUUUGGGCGUUGUCCCCCCUCGGGGAGUGCUCCUUCACGGACCGCCAGGCUGUGGGAAGACUUUACUUGCACGUGCAAUUGCUGGGGAACUUGACUUGCCACUUCUGAAAGUAGCUGCUACAGAGGUUGUGUCUGGAGUGUCUGGAGAAUCUGAACAGAAGCUGAGGGAACUAUUCGAACAAGCGGUGUCAAAUGCACCGUGCAUCCUUUUUAUCGAUGAAAUCGAUGCUAUUACCCCCAAAAGAGAAGUUGCUUCAAAAGAUAUGGAACGAAGAAUUGUAGCCCAGCUCCUUACCUGCAUGGAUGAUCUGAACAACGUGGCCACUACAGCUCGGGUCCUCGUCAUUGGAGCUACUAACCGACCAGACUCAUUAGACCCUGCUUUGAGACGCGCAGGAAGGUUUGACCAAGAAAUAUGCCUGGGUAUCCCAGAUGAAGCGUCCAGGGAAAGAAUACUUCAGACAUUGUGCAGGAAGCUAAGACUUCCUGAAGCCUUUCAUUUUCGUCACUUAGCACAUCUCACGCCAGGCUUUGUUGGUGCUGACCUGAUGGCGCUCUGCCGAGAGGCAGCCAUGUGUGCAGUCAGUAGGCUCUUGAUGAAGCCACAGGAGCAGCAGAAGAGAGGUCCUGAGAUGGAAGGUUUGCCUGCCGCAGAAUGCCAGGGAGAGAGGAUAGGACCUGGGCACACUUCCAAAACACAGGAUGAAUUGCAAAGGCUGCUGGGGUUGCUAAGAGACCAGGAGCCCCUCUCAGAGGAACAGCUGCAGGGGCUGUGCAUUGAACUGAAUGAUUUCAUUGUUGCUCUAGCCUCAGUACAACCCUCUGCCAAAAGGGAAGGUUUCGUCACUGUCCCUAAUGUGACAUGGGCAGAUAUUGGUGCCCUGGAAGAUGUCAGAGAGGAGCUCACCAUGGCAAUAUUGUGCUGCAUUAAACAUUCUUUGAGACCAUGCAGUAUGAAAUGGCCACCUGUGAAGACUUUUUGCUGGGCUUGUUCUUUCCAGGCACCGGUACGUAACCCAGAUCAGUUCAGAGCUCUUGGAUUAGUGACUCCAGCUGGGGUCCUUCUUGCUGGUCCUCCUGGCUGUGGUAAAACUCUCCUGGCAAAGGCCGUGGCAAAUGAGUCCGGACUAAACUUUAUAUCUGUAAAGGGUCCUGAAUUACUAAAUAUGUACGUCGGUGAGAGUGAGCGUGCUGUGCGACAGGUUUUUCAGCGAGCCAGGAACUCAGCACCCUGUGUGAUAUUCUUUGAUGAAGUGGAUGCCUUAUGCCCUCGAAGAUCAGACCGAGAGGCAGGGGCGAGUGUCCGAGUGGUCAAUCAGUUACUUACAGAGAUGGAUGGUCUGGAAACACGGCAGCAGGUUUUUAUUAUGGCGGCCACUAACAGGCCAGAUAUCAUUGACCCUGCAAUCCUGCGCCCAGGCCGGCUAGACAAGACACUUUUUGUGGGUUUGCCGCCUCCAGCAGAUCGUUUUGCCAUCUUAAAAACCAUCACAAAAAACGGUACCAAACCCCCACUGGAUGCAGAUGUAAACUUGGAAGCAGUUGCUGGUGACCUUCGCUGUGAUUGCUAUACGGGCGCAGAUCUCUCUGCGUUGGUGCGGGAAGCUUCUCUCUGUGCCCUGAGACAGGAAAUGGCGAGACAGAAGAGUGGAAAUGAAAAAGGGGAACUCAAGAUUAGUCUUAAACACUUUGAAGAAGCCUUCAAGAAAGUAAAACCCUCUGUGUCAAAAAAGGAUCAAGUGAUGUAUGAAGCUCUUCGGCAGUCUCUCAGUCAGUGACGUCUCCUGCGGGGCUUGGAGGAAUGCAGUGCAUGGUGCUGAUGGAGAAGCCUGCGUGCUGAGGUUCCAGCUUUCAGCUUAGCACAGAUGUGGUUUCAUGGAAGCGUUUUAUUUUCAAAUUAGUGAGACCAAGCCCGAACUGAAGAUUCUUCCCCUCUGGCCACCCUUGUGUGGAAAUACCCUACUUCCUUUUUAAGAAAAAGAAAAAUUUAGAAACUGCUGAAAUAAAAUAACUGAAAGUUUUUCUAAAUAGAAUUUUUAUUUUUAAACAA